AUGGCGUGCGAGGAGCUGCCGCGGGACGCGUGCGCGUUCGCGGUGUCGUCGGCCGGGAUGCGGUGCGUGCUGGAGCGCACGCCCGAGGGCGCGCACCGGUGCCAGACGUCGGCGGUGCGCGCCGCGCGGGGCAUGAUGGCGGCCGGCGCCGGGUGGGUGGAGACCGACGCCUGCGUGCGCGCCUGCGGCGCCGACCGCGCCGCGCUGGGCCUCCCCGUGGCCAGCGCCGCGGCCGAGGACCGCCGCGCCCUCCGGGCGCUCUGCUCGCCGGCGUGCCAGCACGGCUGCCCCAACGUCGUCGACCUCUACGCCACCCUCGCCGCCGGUGAAGGCAUGUCACUGCCGGAGCUGUGCGAGGCGCAGAGGAACGCCGGCAGCCGCCGCAUGAUGAUGGCCGCCGGUAUGGCCCCGCUCGGCGCUCCGGUUGUGGCUCCGGUCUCGCCCCCCGUGGUGGCUCCUCCGGUCGCGCCUCCGGUGGUCGCGCAACCUCCGUGUGAUGAAUGGUGAAUUCAUAAACACGGCGGCGUCGAUUACUUGAAUAGCUGACGCCCUUGUGCUGUGUCAGUUCUAGAUGUCCCAGCGUUCCACAUACUAGGUUGAAUUGCU